UAAGGGUAGGUGUAAGCUGGGAGCAGAUCUGGAAAGGAACCAGGGAUGGAGUGAGGGCUGGGCCUGAGCGGCCGAGCUAAAGUUUAGGCCUGAGAUAAAGGGGAGGUGCCAAGGUUAAAGUAGGACAAAGAGGGAGGGGCCCGGAAGGAGCUGGGAGGCCCCGGAUGAAGAGCGCGGUAGAAGUUCUGACCUGGGCUAAAACAACGCAGCCUAGAGCAGGGGGAGGGGAGGGACUGGGCAAGCAUGAGGCGGAGCUAAGGGCUAAACUGGGGCGAAGCUGAGAUUGGGGUUUAUGGUGGACUCCAUCAAGCUGAGGUUCAGGGUUGGACUUCUGCGAGGAAGAGUCUUGUAGAGACGAAGAACUGGGCUGAGAGCGAUGUGGGUCAGGACGACACUGAGGAUUGAAAGGUGGACCAAGGAAAAGGCUGAGGACAAUGCCAGCUCGUGGGACGAGAGCGGCACCGAGGACACUGGCUUCAUCCUCAGGAAAGCAGUCUGGAUUGGAGACCCACCUUUGUGUCAUUUUAUUAGUGGAUGUUGAAACCAUGGAAGUGGAUAACAUUACCCAAGAUAUAAACAGGUUACCCAGCUGGGAGAGAGGACAUCUGUUGGCUGGUGUGGCUUCGAGCACUGAUACAUCUACCUUCUCCUCUGAAGGUGAAUUCAAGGACACUGACAGGUGCUGCUGGAAACAUAAAAAGUGCACCGGGCACAUCAUCCAUCCCUUCACCUCUGACUAUGGCCACUACAACCUGCACCUGCACUCUGUCAGCCACUGCGACUGUGAUUCUAGGCUGAAGGACUGCUCAGAGAAGAUAAAUAGCAGCUCCCAAGAUGUGGGCCCAACCUGCUCCCGAGAUGUGGGCUCAGCCUGUUUCAACACCAUCCAGUCCCCUUGCUUUGAGCUCAUCCCAGAGGAAGAGUGUGUGGAGCAGUUCUGUUAUGGCUGGUGCAAAAGCUACAGGCCUAUCUCCGUGGCAGUGAUCCACCAUCCCAUCCACCAUGAGUGUGGGGCAGAUGACCUCAAUGAAGAAGAGGAAGAGGAGGAGGAGGAAGAAAGCAAGCCUCCCAUCCCGACCCAAGUGGGGCCCACCACCACACCCACCGACACAGGCAUGGGCAUGGUCACUGGCACCCUUGACUCAGCAGCUCCCAUCACCAUCUGGCGUUCUGAAAGCCCCACAGGGAAGUCCCAGGGCAACAAGGUGAUCAAGAAGGUAAAGAAGAAAAAAGAAAAAGAGAAAGACAAGGAGGAGGAGAUGGACGAAAAGGCAAAGCUGAAGAAAAAAGUCAAGAAGAGCAAGUUGACUAAGAAGAAAAGCCCGGUUAAAUCAGAAUCACCUCCAGACUUGAUCCGAUCGUUAAGCCCAAGAGAGCUGGCCAGGAUGUCAGAGUCCAGCCCAGACAGCCGGCCAGACCUGGAAAGUGAGGACAGUUACAAUGAUCCUGGCCGGGAGGAACCCUCCAGCGAGGACAUUGUGGAGCCUUCAUCGCCCAGGAAGAGAGAGAAGAACAGUAACAAGGCCAAGAAGCCCGGGAUGAAGACCUCACCGGCCAAGAAGGUCAACAAGAGGAAAUCUCCCCCAGCAUCAAACCCCAAUCUCAGUUGAGGCCAGGGCGACCAGGGUGAAGAAUAAAUGCAAUCAAGCCUAUAGCUGACCCCCUGCUUCUCUCUCCCUCCAACCUGGCUCCUUCUGGCGGGGGGGAGGGCUCUGGGCAGAGCUGGAACCAAGGGGCUAAGGGGCUACUGGGGUUUCUGGAGGGCAAUCCAUCUCAGAAGGUAGGUGGGAAGACAUGGGAGGGGCACAGCCUGUUUCUUUGUAACAUCCUAGGCCCAGGGCAGAAGAAGAGCGCAUCUGGGUGAGGUGGGAAGGAAGCUUCCUGUCAACUGGGAGAUGAGUCUGAAAUCCAGUUGGGAACAGGCAGUUCUGUCUGCAGUAAUACCCCUAAUAAAUUGAAACUUUUAACCCA